CAUCGAAAAACCGCCUAAAGACUCGGAAAACAAAUGACUGAUGUCUUGCCAAGGGCCACCUACCGCUAGUUGCGGGGUACGAAAUUUAGACCAAGGUAUAAGUGUAAGUGUCUGUCCGAGAAAGGCAGCUCAGAGCACAGAUUCAAUUGAGCGUUCGAUCGUCUCGUGCCGACACAAUGGUCCAAGAUUGGAGAGAAAUUGUCGCAAAGAAGCGCGCCGAGGUUGCGAAGCAACUACCGCAAGAAUGGCGACUCCCUCAGACUAUCUUGGGCGAGAUCAACGCCAAUGCCGAUAUUGGUGUCCUCGACAUCCCUGCCAAAUCUGGCGUGUUGACUUCUAAGGAGGUGGAAAUCACAGAGAAGUAUGAUGCGGUCGACCUUGUUGCUAAGAUGGCCGCCAAAGAGCUGUCGUCCUCGGAAGUCACUCUCGCAUUUUGCAAGAGAGCUGCUGUUGCUCACCAAGUGAUCAACUGCUUGACGGAGAUGUUCUUCGAUCAGGCUCUCGAGAGAGCCAAACAUCUGGAUGAGUAUCUGGAGAAGGAGGGCAAACCCAUGGGUCCACUGCACGGCAUGCCCAUAAGCCUGAAGGACUCGUUCAUGGUGAAAGGAAUCCACUCGACUAUUGGAUAUGUUUCUUUCAUUGAAAGGCCUCCGGCUGAGGUCAACUCUCCCCUAGUCAAUAUUCUGCUCCAAAAUGGUGCGGUACUAUACGUCAAGACCAACAUUCCACAGACAUUGAUGACGGCAGACUCGGAGAACAAUGUCUUUGGCCGGGUACUUAAUCCCCACAAGCUCAAACUCAACGCUGGAGGUAGCAGCGGCGGAGAAGGGGCUCUUGUGGGUAUGCGUGGGUCGAUCCUGGGUGUAGGGACUGAUAUCGGAGGCUCGAUCCGAAUACCUGCAGUGUGCUGUGGCACCUACGGCUUCAAGCCGUCUGUUGGUCGGAUGCCUUAUGGAGGUCAAGCAAAUCCGUCCUUGGAUGGCUGGACAGGUAUCAUGCCAGUUGCGGGACCACUGGCGCAGAGUCCUCGGGAUUUGCGGCUUUUCCUGGAGGCGGUCAUUAAGUCAAAACCAUGGGACUUUGACUAUGCAGCCCUCGCAAUGCCAUGGCAUUCGGUUCCAGAGAAGAAGACGCUUACCAUUGGCGUCAUCCUUGAAUGUCCUACCUGGCCAGUGACACCUCCUAUCAUGCGAGCCAUGAGAACAGCCACAGAGAAGCUCAAGCAGGCAGGACAUAACAUUGUCAUGCUUGGGAACUUCCCUUCCUUCAAGGAGGCAACGGAGUUGUCGUGGCAGUUUUUCGAUAUCGACAAUGAGUGCACGGGAUUCAAGCAUAUUGAUGCAUCUGGAGAGCCAUGGGUGAAGUCUGUGGCCGACAUGUAUACUCCGCCGCCAGAAGGUAGAAAGAUCAAGACGCUGCGGGAUCUCUUCGACAUGAAUGCAAAGCAGCUCGAUUUCCGCCGCGGUUGGUUAAACAUAUUCAUGGGCAACAGUUUGGACGUCAUUCUUGCACCGGGCGCCCACACGACUGCAGUUCCUCAUGACACUUUCCGGCUUCCACCAUAUACCGUCAUGUGGAAUCUUCUUGCGUAUCCUGCUUGCAUCAUUCCAUACUUGAAGGCCGACAAGAGCAUUGACAUGCCUGAUGCAAGGACUCCAGAUUACGAUCCUGAAGUUGUGGAUGGUGCUCCGUGCAACGUUCAGAUAAUUGCCAGGUCGGAGCAAGACGAAGAGCUAAUGGCUGCUGUAGAAAUUGUUGCCAAGGUUCUCGAGGUUUGAUGUAGAUUUAUAGGUGGGCGUAAAGCGUGAAUAGGUGCCCUGAAAUGCCUUAUAUUUCCCGGUGCUGGAGUCACCCACAGCUUGAUGCAAUGGGAAUUAUUUCCGCGCAAUAUAAAGUCAAAUUCUGAGGG